AUGACGCUCUCCGAUCUCGACACGCCGUGGCUGCUCCCCACUUUUUCUCUACUCACCGCGACGAUCAGCGACCUCAUCGGUCCUAAUAAAGGCAAAUCCUUCGUUGAAGAUAUCAAGUUGAACAUACUGGGUUUCUCUCCAUUCCGCUUUGGUGCAAUCGCCACGGCAAUCGUUCUCGAGUUGAUCGGCUGCAGACUCCUGAACCUCGCCGAAAUACAUAUCAUUUUGGGCCUCCUCGAACCUGACCUUCAUAUACUUGGCCUCGAACGCGGAUUCUGGUCCCUUUUUGCGCGGCGAGCUUUCCUCAUAGGGAUAACACUCCCCCUGUACAUGAUGCUGCUAGCCUCUGCGAGUCAUCGAUGGAUCCAAGUGUUCGCGACGUUGAUAGUCGCUGAGGCCGUUCUGGCCGAAACAAUCUUUACAUUUUACCGGAGGACAUCGGUUGAAGUUCGUAGAGACUGGCCCCGUCGUGUACUGCUGGUCCGGUCGGAUCAUCUCAACGACGGCCAUUUUGAGAACAAGAGCAAACCUAGUGAAUUCGAGGAAAAAGAAGAGCACGAAGACAUACCACCGCCGUCUCCUCUGACAGAUAAUCUCUGCGAUCGUGUACGUCAGCUCUGGCCAUCAGCGGCCGAGCCGGUCACCUCCGGUUCGCGCUUUCUUCUUUUGGAGAACACCCCUGAGUUGAAAAGAAUUUUCGAUCCAAAUGUCCGGGCCCAGUGGACGUGUGGACACUGGCGCUGUCUCGCCUAUAUGGUUUUGCACGUCGCUGUGCUAGCCGUUGCCAAGUCCUGGCCAAUUAUCGAGCUAGUGUCGACCACCUGGCUGCUACACUGUGAACUGCAGCCGGUGACGCUCCAGGUCGCCGGCAAGCUGUCGCAGAGUAAUUUGGUCUAUGGUUUGGUCUCUAUGCUAUAUCAAGUGGGUCUUCUUGUGCUCAUAGUCAUCUUCGGUGUUAUUUCCGCUGGAUUGCUACUCAACCGUCUGAUCAGGCCUCUGUUCACCCGCCUGUUCAUCCGUCUGUCCAAACAAAGUCACAUCCUGCAACGGAUGCAGCAAAAAAUCCAAGACCUUGCCGAAACCGCUCCGAUCACCUUUCAAGUUCUCAACGUCUCAAGGGCAGUUCUCUGUCAAAUUACUCUGUGUCUUUACAUCGGUCGACCUCUACUCCCGCUGUGCGAAAAGUUCUCACAGGAAAGAUUCUCAUAUAUCAUUGAGUUCAUAGCUAUUCCAACCAUUUACGUUAUGGUAUAUUGGCUCGUGUGCAUCGUGAUUAGGACAGAGCAGGCAAGCCCGGAACUCGGAUCCCGUUCCAAUGGUGGACAAUCUUCGGAGCCAAAUAUAGCUACCGACAGCAACUGCGAAGACACCCAAAAUCCAGCAGGUACUGACUCGCGCUCGACACCUUCCAACGAGGAGAACAAAGCACCGAAAGAUGUAUCCGAAUCUUCUCGACCUCUUAAAGAGCUUCGCCUUAAUAUACUCCGAUUAUCCAUUCUCGCCGCUACCGCGACUAUCUGGAUUUUUUUUUUUCUUUAA